AUGUCAAUGGCAUACUACUUUGCCGCGCACUUCAACGUGCUCAACACACAUAUGAGCGAUAACGCCAUAUCAAGCACCACACCUCCCCUGCGCACAUCACCAACAGGAGGACAAACACAUCACCCCACCACACCCUCAAAACGGCUCCCUACAUCCUCCCAAAAACAAUCAAUCUUCUUCCUCCUCCCGGCCGAACUCCGCAACCAAAUCUACGACUACCUCCUCUGUGCCAACACCCCAAGCUCAAACUCCCUAGUAGAGUACUCGCAACAGCGCAGCCACGCCCCGCAACCCAUCUACCCAGCCAUCCUCGCCACCUGCAAGCGAAUCCACCAAGAAGCCCAGGACCUCCUCUACUCAACCCACAUCUUCCAAGCCCACCCUUCCCUCCUGACAUCUCUCCCUCACCUCGUCUCCCCCUGGAAACCCCUCCUCGACGCCUCUGCAAUCGCAAAGAUCCGGCGCUGGUACCUAUCUGUGCGUCUGGAUACCGAUCCACGGUUUACAGAGAAGCAAGCUACGGCUGCGUUUAGCGGAGCAGAGUACCUGGAGAUUCAUGCGUGGCAGAGUAUGUUUGAUGGGUGUGACGAUGGCGUUUUACGGCUUUUUUCGGGAAUAAGGGGUGUUAGGGUUGCGAGGGUGACGGGUUGUGCGAAGGGUGAGUUUGCGGCGUGGUUGGAGGGGCAGAUGAUGAGGCCGAUUGAGGAGGAGAUGGAGGUAGAGGAGAGCUGUAGUUGUGCGAAGGGCGUUUGUGGGAAGUGUGGGGAGAGGGUUGUGUGUGAGGAGAAGGUUGUGCCGUGGAUUGGCCAGGAAAGGGAUGUUUGGACUUUUGGAAAUCGAUGA